AGGGAGAGGGUGAAGCUAAGGCAGUCACUCUGAGAGGGAAGGCUCCAGUGUGGUGCUUUUGGAUGUGAGCUGCUCUCCUCUAACCAGCCUCUGCUCAUCCCUUUGACUGAGACAGUGGUGUGUGGGUCUAGUAAUUGUGCUGUACCAGCUGUGGGGGGUGCUGCUGCUGCUCAGGCUCAGGCACAAGCUGACUGGCUGGUUCCCUGGCUAGGCUGUCUGAGGCAGUGUGGGGUUGACUGGAGCUGAGGUCUAGGGAAGGGCAGGGCAGGGCUGGCUGUUGGGCCAUUUGUGCCAGGGCCCCACAGGAAGCAAACAUGAGCGUUCCUAUGCUAAAGAUCGGGGCAGUUCUCAGCACCAUGGCCAUGGUGACCAACUGGAUGUCUCAGACUCUGCCCUCUCUGGUGGGACUCAACGGAACCACCAUCUCCAGAGGGGGCACAUCAGAAAGGAUUGUCAGCGCUCUAUACCCAAGACCAGAGGAGGGCUGGGAGAUCUACAGUUCAGCGCAGGACGCAGAUGGGAAGUGUAUCUGUACCGUCGUUGCACCAGCCCAGAACAUGUGUAACCGCGACCCACGCAGCAGGCAGCUUCGCCAGCUCAUGGAGAAGGUUCAGAACAUCAGCCAGUCAAUGGAGGUGCUGGACCUAAGGACGUACAGGGAUCUACAGUAUGUCAGAAACACAGAGAGUCUAAUGAAAGUGGUAGAUGGAAAGCUGAAGGUGGCCUCUGAAAAUCCCCGCAGCCUCAAUCCAAAGGGCUUUCAGGAGUUAAAAGACAAGGUGACCCAGCUGCUCCCCCUGUUGCCAGUGCUGGAACAGUACAAGACUGAUGCCAAGAUGAUCCUGCGUCUUCGGGAGGAAGUAAGGAAUCUGUCCUUGGUGCUUAUGGCUAUCCAAGAGGAGAUGGGGGCCUACGAUUAUGAGGAGCUGCGACAGAGAGUCCUGCUACUUGAAACCAGACUCCACUCCUGCAUGCAGAAACUUGGCUGUGGGAAGCUCACUGGCGUCAGUAAUCCCAUCACAGUACGUGCAUCAGGGUCAAGAAACAUUGCAGUAACAGAACCAGAAAAAGCAAUAGAUCGUAGCAAAGUGUGGUCCAUGGACGGUUACUUCAAGGGACGUCGGGUCCUGGAAUAUCGCACAAUGAAUGAUUUCAUGAAGGGCCAGAACUUUGUGCAACACUUGCUGCCACACCCUUGGGCUGGCACUGGUCAUGUGGUCUACAAUGGUUCACUGUACUACAACAAGUACCAGAGCAACAUUAUCAUCAAGUACCACUUCCGUUCUCGAAGUGUGCUGGUGCAGCGCAGUUUGAGUGGGGCCGGCUAUAACAACACUUUUCCCUACUCCUGGGGUGGCUCCUCUGACAUCGACCUGAUGGCGGACGAGAAUGGCCUAUGGGCUGUUUACACCACCAUCCCUAAUGCUGGAAACAUUGUCAUCAGCCGCCUGGAGCCUCAGAGUCUGGAGGUGCUGCAGACUUGGGACACAGGCUUUCCUAAGCGCAGUGCUGGAGAGUCUUUUAUGAUCUGCGGCACACUAUAUGUCACCAACUCCCACCUGGCUGGUGCCAAGAUCUAUUUUGCUUAUUACACCAACACAUCAAGCUAUGAGUACACAGACAUCCCCUUCCACAAUCAAUACUCCCAUAUUUCCAUGAUGGACUAUAACCCCAGGGAGAGGGUCCUUUAUACCUGGAACAACGGACACCAGGUGCUGUACAAUGUCACACUCUUCCAGGUUAUUAAGACUUCUGGAGACUGAGGACCCUCAGACUGACUGAUUUAAAUAAUGCUGUGAUUAUUGUUCUGGGGUGUCAGAGGUGGGGGGCACAGACUAUGGGAGGUGUGGGUUGGGGGCUUUAAUGUAUGGGUAUAGGCUUGGAUUUUUUUUAAAUGAAUUUCUUCAUAGAGUGCUAUUACUCACAUUCUCAAAAAACUAUCCGACAGUAAGGUCGGCAAAGAUACAAAGACUGAGCGCUUCUCUCUCUUUUUUUCUUUCUGUGAUGAGUAAGCAUGGUUCUUUUUAUUUGUGAUGAUAAAUAAAUAUCCUCU